AUGGCUUCUUGUAAUCCUGUUAAAAGUCUUGGGUCAAUUCAAUUAGCUGGUUGAAAAUCCCAGAGCUCCCUUUUCAAGAGUCCAUAUCGGCAGAGCUUAAAGUGCCACAAGCCCUGAAAAACCACACUGACUUUAAGAUUCUAAGCAAAAAUGAGCAAAGGGUUGAAAAAGGAAGGUCUGCUCUUAGACAAGCUGAGCGACCCUGGUGAUCGGUACACUCUUGGCGAAAUUAUCGGUACAGGGGUACACGCUAACGUCUACGUCGCAACCGACUCGCAAGAAGGUGGUAAAAAUGUCGCAAUUAAAAUUCAAAAGAUAACAUCCGAAAGUUUUCCCGAUAUCGAGGAGGAGUACAGAAUCCUCCGUGAUCUUUCAGACCACCCAAACCUACCGGAUUUCUACGGUGCUUACAGGCGAAAAGACGGUGAUAGCGAUGACGUCUGGCUCGUCAUGCAGCUCUGCGAAGGUGGCCCGGUCACUGACUUAGUACGUGCACUACUGCGAAACAACAGGAAGAUGCUGGAAGAGCAUAUCGCCUUCAUCCUCCGAGAAGUACUCAAAGCAUUAAUGAUGCUGCACGAGAACCACGUGAUUCACCGAGACAUCAAGGCGAGCAAUGUCCUGUUGACUAAGGAGGGCGAAGUCAAAUUAGUCGACUUCGGCAUAUCCAGGGAAUUGGCAAGCACCAUGGAUAAACGUCAGACGAGCCUUGGUUCACCUUGCUGGAUGGCACCGGAAAUAGUAACCAGCUGCCACACCAAAGGCUCUUACGAUAACAGGGCUGAUGUAUGGGCGUUAGGUAUUACAGCAAUUGAACUUGGAGAUGGAAAGGCACCUUUUCAGGACAUGCAUCCUACGAGAGCUUUGUUUCAGAUAGUAAGAAAUCCACCUCCGACUCUGUACAGACCGGCACACUGGUCCCAAAACUAUAAUGAUUUCGUUGCAGAGUGUUUGGUGAAAAAUCCUGAAUAUAGACCUUAUAUGACGGAACUGAUGCAGCAUCCAUUUUUUACCAGCCUACCAGAAAAUGACUUCCAUUUUAAUGUUGAACUGAAAACUCUUCUGGAGUUUGUGACGUCGCAAGACGUAUCGGAAAGGAAGAGUGAGGUCAAAGUGAAAAACGGCCGUCUUAAACAAGGUAUUGACAAGGACGGAGAGAAGAUGUACGUCGAGGACCUGGCCGCUCUGGAAACGCUGAACGAAGACACGAUCAUCAACAACCUGGAACACAGGUACAACGAGAACCAGUACUACACCUACAUCGGCGACAUACUUCUCUUCAUGAACCCGAACGAGCCCGUUGAAAACUACGGGUUUCAACAUUAUAGAAGGUACAAAUUCAAAUCACGCUCGGAUAACGAGCCUCACAUUUACGGGGUGGCCGACAGCGCCUACCAGGACAUGCUGCACCACAACGUCCCACAAAACAUCGUCCUCUCUGGUGAGACUAUGUCGGGCAAAACAACGCAAUUCAAGCAUUUGCUGAAACAGCUAAUCAAUCUGGGACAGAGCAGAAAUAAAUGUGGUGAAAAGCUUCAAAGAUCUUUAGAAGUGAUCCAAGCUUUUGGAAACGCGUCUACUCCGGUAAACAACAAUUCUACUAGGCACGCCCUUAUCACUCAGCUGACUUUCUCCUACAGUGGAAAAAUAUCCGGAGGAAUAUUUUGGGUGUACCAGCUCGAAAAGUGGAGGGUGACUGGAAACAGGUGCCCUUACCACACCAACUUCCACAUAUUCUACUACUUGGUAGACGGUUUGCGGAACGAGGGGCUGUUGGAACGGUACGGCCUGGAAGACAAGGACUACCGUUACUUGCGGAGGAACAUCGACGAAAAGGACAGGGAUCCGAAAGCUCCGUCGGGGCCUAGAGAUGAAAAAGAAACGAACGUCGACUGGUUCAAGCAGAUAGACAAAAGCUUGGAUGACCUAGACUUCAGCGCCGAUGAAAAAGAUGCGAUCUGGAGAAUUCUAUCUGCAAUUAUACUAUUAGGAGAAAUAGAGUACAAAGAAGAACAAGAUGGAAAUGCUGAUAUCAGCAAUUUGGAAAGCCUGGAUAAAGUUGCUUCGGUUCUUCAGAUCAACAGCAAGCGUCUGUCCUGGGCCUUGUGCAACUACUGCGUACUGGAGAAGGACGUCGUUUCAAGGCGAAGACAUUCAAAAGCUGAAGCCACUGAAGCAAGGAACGUUUUGGCGCAGACCAUCUAUUCAAGACUUGUCGACUGGAUUGUCAACAUGAUAAAUAAAAAACUAUCAUUAUCAAGAGCAGUCUACGGAGACAGCCAUUGUAUCAACAUUCUCGACAUGUUCGGUUUCGAAUGUUACUCGGACAACGGUCUCGAGCAGAUUUUCGUCAAUUCACUCAACGAACAGCUUCAGUUUUUUUACAACCAGAAAAUUUUCAUAUCUGAAAUGCAAGACGAAGAAGAAGAUGAAGUGCAGAUUAAAAAACUUCAGUUCUACGAUAAUAAGUGUACAAUAGACGAACUUCUUAAUAAACCGAAUGGUAUAAUGCAUAUCCUGGACGAGGCGAACAAACUUCAUUUAGACGAAGACUUCUUAGUCGAUUGGCUGAAGAAGAAGAAGAAAGAAACAGAUCACGUUAAAGCUGAGACAGAUGAUCAGUUUUCAGUAGCGCACUACACAGGCAAAGUUACUUACGAAGCUGUAGCCAUGUGUGGGAAAAAUCGAGACUUCCUUCCUCCCGAGAUCACCGAAGUCAUGCGACUAUCGACAGAACCUAUAAUUAAGCAAAUGUUUACAAACAAGCUUUCAAGAACGGGAAACGUUACAGUUUUAGUCGACAGUGAUCCUAAAGUGGAAAAGAAGAAAAGCCGUUGGGGCAGCGCUUUGUUUGAAGACACCACAAGAAAAAUCAGGCGAUACAAUACGGCUUCGAAAGGGGAAUUUUCUCAGACAAAAGGGAUCCGCACUGCCGCGACCAUCUUCAGAGCGACCAGCCUCGAGAUCCUCAAGUUGCUUUCAGAAGGGAGUACUCAUUUUGUAAGAUGCAUCAGAACGGAUCUGAACAGCGCUCCGAAAGGUUUUCAGCAUUCCAUUAUAAAACAACAGCUUAGAGCUUUGUCUGUUGUUGAAACCGCUGGGGCUCGACAGGUCGGCUUCUCCCAUCGCAUCGCGUUCGACGAUUUUCUCGAAAGAUAUCAGUUUUUGGCCUUCGACUUUGAGGAGAGUGUCGAUAAGACAAAAGACAACUGCAGACUCCUCUUGAUCCGCUUAAAAAUGGAAGGAUGGACGAUGGGUAACAAGAAAGUAUUUCUGAAGUACUACAACGAAGAGUUCCUUUCAAGGCUUUAUGAAACUCAAGUGAACAAGAUAAUUAAGAUACAGUCCAUGUUACGUGGGUUCUUGGCGAAAAAGAACGUCGCUCACAAGAGGAACAAGCCGGAAAACGAAAAUUCACAGACCGUACGAACUGUUGAUUUAGAGGAAGGCGCCGCAGCGGUAAUUAUUCAAAAAAACAUGAAAGGAUUUUUAGUGAGAAAGAAGUUCAGGCCUCUUCUAAACACAUCGACUGGUAAACUGGACCCAGAAGUUGCAGAAUUUAUCAGAGUUUAUUUUAAGAAGUGGAAGUCGAAAUCUAUAUACCAGACUCUCUUGCUUUAUAGGGCUGCAAAGCAUCACGAUGUGGUUUACUUCUGUCAACAGGUGCAUCUGUACAACCAAAGCGUUGUCGGUUCACUGUUUGAGAAGAAUCAUAUAGAAACCAGCCUAAUCGAGACGGACGUGGACGAAGAAAUGUUCAUCGGGCGUCAAAAUGAUCCCGUCGUUUGGAAGCUACCUUUCGACAUCAAAGACAUCAACUACUGCGAUUCAUCUUUCAUGUGUGGAUCCGUUUAUGAUAGAAAGCCGGUUGAUGAACUACCUUCUUGGGACGAUCCGUUUAAAAGUCUAAACAAAGGGUGCCAAACGGAAGACGCGCACCAGCCUGCUGAGUUGCUAGACGCUAUGAAACGUAAGAAUAAGAGAUACAGAAAUUUCAUAGACACCCCUUACAGCAGAGAUUCGUCGGUUGUCGAAGAAAACAACUUUCAAGAGUUUGAUGUGGAACCGGAAGAUUGGGAGCCGAUCGUUGAAAAACACGAACAAGAAACGGACGAAAAACAUGAACAAGGAACUGUAAAAACAGAGGAGCAAGACAAAGUCGAAACACACGAACAAGAGGCCGUCAACCAAGUAGAAAAUUCAGAAAUAAAGGAUGUCGUGCAGGAAACUCAAAAACAAGUCAGAAUAGACACCAAACCUCAAUACAUACCGAAGACCGAUUUGAGCCAAAAAGAAAGUCUUAUUGAAAAUGGAACUGCAGACUUCAGAAAAAUCCUAAAACCGACGAAGAAUAUCAACAAAAUUAGCCCUUUAACGAGCGAACUUCUGGAAAAAGGGAAGUCUCUAGCAAACACAAAUGAAGACGAACCCCCUUACAAUUUUCAGGCGAUGCUGAGAAAAACGAAUCACAAGAGAUUCACAACCCCGGAGAGCAAAAUUGACAGCAACAUUGAAAACAACAACCAACCCGAGACUGUCAUCGAGAACAUACAAAAUUCUCAACCGGCUAAAAUGGGCAAAGAGUUAAACAGGAAAGAUUCACUUGAAAAUAUAAUGUUUAUGGUCUCCAAAGCCAAGGAUUUUGGUAGUAAGCCAAUUUUGGAAAACGGCGAAAUAAACAAGACGGAAAUUUUGCCGGGUUUCAUAGUUUACGGAGAACCGACGUGCCUGUAAUAAUUGUAAAAAUUAAACAAUUAAAAAUGUAAU